CCGGCGCGCGCCGGCGGAAGUGGCGUCACACGGCGCGCCGCCGGAUGUGACGUCAGUGCGCGGCGGCAGAAGGCUGAGGCGGGAGCGGCGGUUGGAACGGCUCGACGGGACGGCGCCAUGUCCUCGACGUCACAGAAGCACCGGGACUUCGUGGCGGAGCCGAUGGGGGACAAACCCGUGGGGAGCCUGGCCGGGAUCGGGGACGUGCUGGGCAGGAAACUGGAGGAGAAGGGCUUUGACAAGGCGUACGUGGUGCUGGGGCAGUUCCUGGUGCUGCGCAAGGACGAGGAGCUGUUCCGGGAGUGGCUCAAGGAGACGUGCGGGGCCAACGCCAAACAGAGCCGCGACUGCUCGGGCUGCCUGCGCGAGUGGUGCGACGCCUUCCUCUGA